AUGCAGACACGUUUGGCUUGGAUUCCCUUGUUGAUUUGGUUCCUCUGCGAUUUGGGUGAUUCUCUCUUGCUAGAGGAAUUUUGUGGAAAUUAUAUUGAACCCAAAAUAGUCGGCGGGCAAAAUGCAACAAUUGGAAAUUCUGCCUGGACUGCAGCUGUAUACAAUGCCACGCAUUUUAUCUGUGGUGGCACGCUGAUUCAUAAGCGAUUUGUUUUAACAGCUGCGCAUUGCAUAGAUGGCCAAGAGUACCUAUCAGUGCGUUUGGGUGCCUACAACAAAAGUGAGCCCAUGUAUCGGAAAAUUGUCAUUAAAGCAAUAAUGCAUACCUUGUUCAACAGAACUAUAUCUUAUGAAAAUGACAUUGGCCUGCUCAAACUGGCCAGCGACGUGAUGUUUAAUGUCUUUGUUCGCCCAAUCUGCAUCGUUGCGGACCAACGUCUUUCCGCCCAUGUGCGCAACGUGCGGACUUUCAAAGCCUUUGGAUGGGGACUUAGGAUGGACAAAAAGGCAUCCGAUAUAUUGCAGACCGUCACCCUUAACCAUUUGGACAGCAACGAGUGCUUUAGGAACUUGGGAAUCCAGCUCAGUUCGAAACAGAUAUGCGCUGGUGUACCUUACAAAGACACUUGUAGGGGUGAUUCUGGUGGUCCCUUGACAAACAAUGUCACUAUUGCUGGCGUAUCUGGCAUCCGCGAAGUUCAGUUCGGGAUAAUCAGCAUUGGCAUAAGUACCUGCGAUGGUAUGGGAGUGUAUGUCGACGUGAUAAGCUAUGCGGACUGGAUUAAGACCACCAUAGAUACGCAUUAUAUAGAGGAUAAGCCACAGGCUUCAGUCAUCUUUGAAAAUAAACCGCAGCAUCAAGAUGUUUUCUUGUACGCGGAUUGUGGCGGCGCCAACAUCGCUGCGAACUUAGAGGCAAUCAUUAAUUGGUCCAAUUUCAAGGCUUUGGGAAUCUUGAUUACACACCAGUUCGUCUUAACCAACGCAAGACGCCUGCCAAUAACUGCAUCCAACUUAGAAGUUAAUGUGAAAGGAAGGACAGGUUUCUACGAGAUGUAUAGGGUGGUCGGCAUCUUCUCAAACCCUGGCGAUGACAUAGCGUUGCUUAAGCUUAAUAGACCUGCUACAGGCCCGGAGGGAAUGAAACCCAUCUGUAUGCUGGCGAACGCGCGAGAACAACAGAUGGCCUCGUCUACGCCACCCUUCACUAUGAUCUUUGAUGAGCCAGCCCAUGGACGUUUGUAUGAUGUCAAUGUCGUCCUUGCAAAUCCAUACCAGUGCUCACAAAGAAUCCAUGGACGAUUAGAGUUGAGUGAACUGUGCGUCGUCACUCCUGUCGGAGCGAGCCGACUUGGAAUGCCUAGCCAUAUACUGGGAAAGAAGGUAACGAAUUCGGGAAGGACAUGGUUAGUUUUGUUUGGUAUCCUCAGUAGGUCUUCAAGUGAUCGUAGUUUGUACGUUUUCACAAACGUUAUAAAGUUCUCGGAAUGGAUUGCAUACACGGUUAAAUCUAACUAACUUUACGGCACAACUCGAGGUGCGCUUAUCAAACAUAUAAUGCAUUUGAUAAAUAAUAAUGUAGUGUAAUCUUUUCCCAUCAAUUUACACCACUGUUUA